AUGGCGAAUGAAGAUAUCGAUAGAUUUUGCGAAGAUGGAUUGCUCCAGAAAGAUUACCGGAAGCGUUACGAGGAAUUCUUAACUGGGGUGAAAGUAGCUACAAGAGGGAAAAAUACUAUCAAAGAUAGCUCUUGUUACAAACUUGAAACUUACCAUGACACAUACAGAUAUCGAAAGGCGUUACUGAAGGUGUUCAUUGACAAGAAGAAGUCGGAAAACUUCAAAUUGACCCAUAAAACGAUACCACAGUUUUUUCGCGAGCUUGAACGUUAUACAUAUACAGAAGAGGCUGCAGAUAAACGCAAGGAAAGUGAAAGCGGAACUUCUCUUAAUAUUCUUGGGCAGGAUGAUUUCAAGGUAGAGGGUGUUGUUAUCCGAAAGACAAACCGGGAAGCAUGGAUUUUGGUGAAUAAAACCUGCAUGUUUAAUGGAAAAAAGAAGUAUGAAAAAGUCGAGCUUCUUCUCGACCUUGAAACGUUUGGCGCAGAUGAUGUCAGCAGAGCAUUUCUUAAAGUGGGUGACAUUCUUGAGAUUGCAAAAGGUCCCAAAGAAACUGAAAUAGCUCUGGAGCCAGAAAUUAUUUGGUAGGUUGAGUACAUACGUUUUAAAAAACUGUAUUUGAGCAUAUAACAUGAUCAGGAACGACACCGCUUAACAUAUUAAUGUUAGAAAUGAAAAAGAAUUAUCCAUCAAUAGAAGUCUCUUAUCUAUUGCAAAUAAAAGACUUCCUUUGAUGGACAAUUCAAACCCUUUCCACCUUAAAAUAAGUUUGCAUAUUCUCUAAACUGUUCUCUAUAUAUUUCUUAAGGUGCUAACAAGGAGAAUUUGGUAACAAUCAAUAGCUUUGUUAGUUGGUGAUCAUUUUCUUUAUUCUCAUGACCUCCAUGUUUGAUUCUUGGGUGAUACUGUGAGGAGAAAUUAGAUGCUAUUCUGACCCUUGGGGUUUAAGUUGGGCAGUGACAUGGGUUAGUACCAUAAUACAUUACAGACCCUUAACUUCCAUAAGUUAUCAUCACCCAACUUCUCACAACAUGACCAGAUUGUUCAAAAGACAGGCAUUGGUUAAAUGAAGAACUGUUUCACCUUAAGUAUAUUUAAUUGACUUUGGAUGGUCGGCUGAAUAAAUGGUACCUAAAGGGUUGAUUUUUAUGCUUUCACUUUUCAGCUGUUACAAAUUAUCUGAGAAAGAGAUUGAGGCAUUUCUUAACCAUGUGCAUAAAGUAGAAAGUGAUGGGUCGUCUGCUGCUACAGCUGAGCUGAUAAGGUAAUUAAUGUCAAUAAAUAACCUGAUUGCAGGGCAGUUACUGGUAAAUGAAUUGUGUAUUUACUCAAUACAGAGAAUUUUGCAUGGCAAAAAACUAUCAGUUACAAGUUGACAACCACAAAACACCAAUUAUCCAUGUGCUUGCUCUCUUUUUUUUUAAUCACAUCCUAAUAACAAGUUACAACAACUGUAGUUAACCCUGCAAGCAGCAGAGUGCCACUUAUUUUAAGACAUAAAUUGGUUCAAUUGUCUUUCCAGUUCCCAGCUUAUUGGCUGAAUUUGAGUUACUUACUCAAACCCAGUUUUACUACUAGGUAAUAGUCCAUUUUACAGUGCUUGGUUGCCAAGCCUUUGAACAGGAAUGAGGCUAAGGGUCACCUUGUUAUGAUACAAACCUUGCUGCUUUUCAAAUGCAAAUUAAUUUGUUAUCAUGCUAACUAGAUACUGGUCUCUAUCACAACAAGAUCACCUUCAGCCUCACUCUGAAUCAAAGGCUUGGCAACUAAGUACACAACUAUAAAAUGGCCUAUUAAACAUAUAGAACAUAAAAAAUUCCUUUUUUUGUAGAUAAAAUACUUUAGACCACUCAAUUAUAAUAAUCUUUAAGUUUUUUCAAAUUGAAUUGCUUAACCUUCCAUUUAACUAACUGAAUGUUUGUUGAAAUCAUGAAAUUAUAUUAGGGCACAUAUAUAUCAGUGGAUGAUUCAUUCCUUUAGUCUUUAACUGUAUGUACUGAAACAGGUAGAGUGAAUUUCUAUAUGUUAAUGGGGAAAGUGAUGUUCAGAUGACCGGGUAUUUUAUUGCAAGUUAUUAAACUUUUAUGCACAAUAUGUAACAACUAUUCACCAAAGUAAGGGUGGCUGAUGAUGGACAUUUACUGAGCUUAAAGCAGCCAGGUAAAUAUCCACCAUUGGCCACUGACUCUGAUGACAUGCGAAGGUGAUCCAUUGUUUUAUUAUAUACUAAAACAGUAAGAUAGUAUGGCAGAAAAAGAUGAUUUAAACUAUAUGUUUAUGGGUGCAUUAGUCCCACUCACACUGAUGCUCAGAAGUGAAAGGCUAUAUUAAAGAAUAUUCAGAGUUUGAGUAACCAAUGAGAAAUUGUGCCUUCAGCACUAUAUCCAGUGUUUUAUUAUUUACUAAAAUGAUGUUAUUUACUGAAAAUUCACUGACCCUUAUAGCCUCACACUUGUUUGCCCUAACUUGAAGUUUUAGUAAAUUUUUCUUGUUAUUUGUUUGUUUGUUUUUCUUACAGUUGGGUGUUCUACUGAUUUCAGGGAAAUUGACUUAAUUUACUAUUAAAACUCACCAUUUCCCACCUGGAAAGGAAUUAAGCCUGGAGCUGAAACUGGUUAUAUUCCCAGUUAUUUACCACCUAUUCUAUCACAUUUCUGAAACAGAGUUUUCACAGUUCAAGGUUCUCUAGCUGUGAUCUGAUUGUUUUUAUUACCACUCAAAUUGUAAGGGCAAAAUUCUUUGUCUUCACAACUCCAAUAUGAGUGUUGAAACCUUUAAAACUGAUCAGAAGGUCCUAGGUAAUAACAAGUGGCUUAAUUGUAUUUAACCCUUGCAAACUGAAUUCCCAGUUUUCUGGGAAUUUGAAGGAAUUCUCAAAAAUUCCCAACUUAAUGCAAAUAUAUAUAGGAAAGUUUUCGUUUCUUUUCUUUGUUUUUCUUGUUUUGCUUCUUAACUGAUCUAAUUAAGUUUUGUUGCGUUGCUUUAAUAUAAUAAUGCACUUACAUUCUUAACAGGUGUCAUGCUUUUUGGGAAUACAUCCUUCAACAUCCUUGGGAAGAUUAUAGCAACACAACCAAGCAAAAUUUUGCCCACAAUGUCUUACUUAUUAUUGAUAAAUUAUGCUCCUGUACUCAGAGAGGAAUGCUACCAACUGUUCAAGGAAUUGUUCAAGAAUUUUCAAAGAGUGCCUUCUUCAAAUUGGUCCUU